ACCGAGGGCAUCGCAGGAAGGUUUAAGAAUGGGAAGUGAGGACGAAGUCUCGAUGGAGGCUGCCGCCGCUGCCCGUAGAGAGCGGAUCAGGGCCCUGAGAUCUGCCCAAGAACUUCUGGAGACACCCGAGGAUGACAAUGAAAGCCACACUCGCGAAGACCAAGAAGAAUCUGAUAAGAAUGUCCAAAUGAAAUUCCGAAAUUAUCUUCCUCAAGACAAGCAUCUCCAAGGAGGUAAACUUGCUCCUCCAGUAUUACCGAAGUUUGAAGACCCUUUAGCAAGCCUACCUGCAUCCGAAGAGAAAGAGGAGAAAAAUGAGGAUCCUUUCAUGAAUAUUGCUCCCAAAAAACCGAAUUGGGACUUAAGGAGAGAUGUACAAAAGAAGCUUGACAAGCUCGAGAAACGCACUCUCAAGGCUCUACAUCAACUAGGGGAGGAAGAAGAGAGGAACAGGAUAGCUGAAGAUGUCAAUAUUGGCGGGGACUAAACUUAAGCUGAUCUGUGAUGGAGACCCUAAUCCAUUUUUUAUUAAACCUUAUCUAAUGGACUUCUCAACUAGUUAUACUAUUGUUUCUGUUGUGAUUAUCAUUAUUCUAAUUGUUGUAAUUACAAUGUUAUUAUUAGGGGUGAACAAAAAAUUGAAAAAUCAAAACUGACCUACAGCCAAUUGAUGCCGAACCCAUAAAAAAGAAACGAAUGACCGAAGUUGACUUGGGUUGUGUGGUCGA